UCGUUCACUUCCUGUAAACAAAGCAGCAGCUGUCUGUCAGAUUCCUGUGUUUUCGCUCAUUUUCUACUCCAACUUCAGCGUUUUUCGACGAUGGCUCAGGCCGGGGUGGUGCUGGAUAAGGACCAGUUUAACUGCUCGAUCUGUCUGGACGUGUUGCGGGACCCGGUGACCAUCCCCUGCGGACACAGCUACUGCUCCGUCUGUAUCAAGAACUACUGGGACCAGGACGACUUCUUGGGGGUCUUCGUCUGCCCUCAAUGCAGACACAACUUCAACCCGAGGCCGGUGCUCGCCAGGAACACCAUGUUGGCCGACGUGGUGGAGAAAUUCAAAAAGACUGGGCUACAAGACACCACCACCACGACGACAUUUGUAAAUCAUAGUUUCGCUGAGGCGGACGAUGUGGAGUGCGACGUGUGUACAGGCAGGAAAAACAAAGCGGUGAAGUCCUGUCUGGUGUGUUUGGCCUCUUAUUGCGACCUCCACCUGCAGCCCCACUACGACUCCGCUGCUUUCAAGAAACACAAGCUGGUUUCGGCCUCCAAAAAGCUCCAGGAGACGAUCUGUAGCCGCCACGACAAGCUGCUGGAGGUGUACUGCCGCACGGACAAGCAGUGCAUCUGUUACCUGUGUCUGACGGACGAGCACAAGGGCCACGACACGGUGCUGGCCGAGACCGAGACACUACAGAAGCAGAGGGAGCUUGGUGACAUGAAGCAGAGCUCUCAGCUGAAAAUCCUUCAAAGGGAAAGGGGAGUCCAGGAGAUCAGACAAGCCAUUUUCUCUCUCAAUCGCUCUGCUCGGGCAGCAGCUGAGGAAAGUGACGCUGUCUUCACUGAACUGAUCCGAUCCAUGGAGCUGAAGCGUUUCGAGGUGAGAGAGCUGAUCAAAGCGCAGGAGAAGACGGCUGUCAGUCAGGCGGAGCAGCUGCUGGACAAGAUCCAGAAAGAGAUCUCUGAGCUGAAGAAGAACGAGGCUGAAAUGGACAAACUCUCCCACUCCGAGGACCACGUGCAUUUCCUUCAGAGUUGUCAGACUCUCCACGCUCCACCUGUGCUGUCAGAUUUGCCUUCGGUCACCAUUGACCCCAACCUCACCUUCGGCCCUGUGAUGGCAGCAGUGUCUGAUUUUAAAGGGCUGCUGCAGGAGGUCUGCCAGGAAGGAUUUGUCUGCAUCUACGAGAAAGUGAGAGAGAUAGUGAUCGUAAGUCCUCAAGAUCCUGCUGUACCGCUGGAAACAACGCAGCCCAGUGAUGGAGAGUCAGCAGUACAAAUGGAAGCAGCACAAGUGAUGCCGAAACCGGGCCUCGACCAAAGUCCCGUGAACCAUCUGAACCCUUUCCUCUAUCCUGGAUCUGCUGCGCCCACAUUUGCCUUCUCACCAUUUGGCUCAAAACUGUCCACAGGAUCCAGACCGAGACACCUUCAGCGACGAAGCCACCCCAGGAGGAAAUAGACUUUAAGUGGACUUUCCAAAAUUCCAAAUGCAGAUACACAGACUGAUUUUAAUUGUACCUUAAUGAUAUGCUAUCACAAAUCUGUACUGUGUUGUACAUUUAAUAAUCAAUUUCACUUUUGACUUUUCAUUUAUUUUUUGUGGUUUCACCUAUCAGCUCUACUUGCAUCUUUCAGUAUAGUGCCGAUAGGAAUGAGAUGAGGACAGUGUUUAUAUCCACAGAAGAACAAAUACAUAAUGCUUAAACUAUUAAGCAACACAAAGCAGGACUGACUUUUUAUUUCAGUGUUUAAAUGGAAAUUGCCUUGAAAUUAUUAGUUUACCAAUUUUACCGAACUGUAAUCGUUUAACAAUGUUGUGCUUUUAUAAUAACUUUUCAUUUUUUAACUAAAACUGCGAAAACACUAUUUUUGCUUUACAGAAACGUGUACAAAUAUAUUAUGUUUUGUGAAAUGCUGUCAUUAAAAAAAAAACAA